UCAAAAGUCAGCGCUCUCUUUUGUCUCCUCUGCUUUUCUCUUCUCUCCUCAGAGAUUCGAAGCUUUUUUGUCUCCCCUGAGUAACCAAAUUCAAUGGCCGACGAUUGGGAUCUCCACGCCGUAGUCAGAGGCUGCUCAGCCGUUAGCUCAUCAGCAACUAACACCACAACCACCGUAUAUUCCGGCGGCGUUUCAUCUCACACAAAACCUAUAUUCGCCGUCGGACGACAAAGUAAUGCCGUCUCCUUCGGAGAGUUUCGAGAUCUCUACACACCGUUCACACAAGAAUCUGUGGUCUCGUCGUUCUCUUGUCUAAAUUACCCAGAAGAACCUAAAAAGCCACAGAACCAGAAACGUCCUCUUUCUCUCUCUGCUUCUUCCGGUAGCGUCACUAGCAAACCCACUGGCUCCAAUACUUCUAGAUCUAAACGAAGAAAGAUACAGCAUAAGAAAGUGUGCCAUGUAGCAGCAGAGGCUUUAAACUCCGAUGUCUGGGCAUGGCGAAAGUACGGACAGAAACCCAUCAAAGGUUCACCAUAUCCAAGAGGAUACUACAGAUGUAGUACAUCAAAAGGUUGUUUAGCCCGUAAACAAGUGGAGCGAAACAGAUCCGACCCGAAGAUGUUCAUCGUCACUUACACGGCGGAACACAAUCAUCCAGCUCCGACACACCGUAAUUCUCUCGCCGGAAGCACCCGUCAGAAACCAUCCGAUCAACCGACGACUAAAUCUCCGACGACCACGAUUGGUACUUAUUCAUCGUCUCCGGUGACGUCAGCCGACGAAUUUGUUUUGCCUGUGGAGGAUCUAGCGGUGGGAGAUCUUGACGGAGACGAAGAUCUGUUAUCUUUGUCGGAUACGGUGGUGAGCGAUGAUUUCUUCGAUGGAUUGGAGGAAUUCGCAGCCGGAGAUAGCUUUUCCGGGAACUCGGCUCCGGCGAGUUUUGAUCUCUCUUGGGUUGUGAACAGUGCCGCCACGGCCACCGGAGGAAUAUGAUCAGAUUACGACGGCUUUAGAAUACUCCUUUUAGGAAAGAUAUAUAGGAUUAAGGAAUUAUUCUCGGAUUAUAUGUAAAAAUAGGAAAAAAGAAAAUGUUCUUUGUUACUUUUUUUUUCGGCUUUUCUUCCUAUUGUUUCUAAAUAUCUUAGACAAAUUUAAUUGUAUAUUUCUUAAGCCCGAUUUAAAUCAUACAGUAUUGACUAUUGA